UGCAGUGUACUACCACCUUUGGUUCCAGAGUGGAGGAGAAGAAGAAGAAGAAUGGAAGAGGAAUCGCGGAACAGUGUUCGAGUGUGUGGUAUGCAAUUCGCAUACGACGCCCAGUCACCGCUCUUCCUAGAUUUCAACCUCCAGAUCUCGCCUGGAUCUCGAUGCCUUCUCGUCGGUGCCAAUGGAUCUGGGAAGACAACUUUGCUCAAGAUUUUGGCGGGGAAGCACAUGGUCGGUGGUAGAGAUGUGGUGCGUGUGCUGAAUUGUUCUGCUUUUCAUGACACACACCUGGUUUGUAGUGGUGACUUAUCUUAUUUGGGAGGAUCUUGGAGUAAAACUGUUGGCUCUGCGGGAGAAAUUCCACUCCAAGGAGACUUCUCUGCCGAACACAUGAUAUUUGGAGUUGAAGGGACUGAUCCUAUUAGACGAGAGAAGUUGAUUGAACUGCUCGAUAUUGAUCUACAGUGGCGAAUGCACAAGGUCUCUGAUGGUCAGCGACGUCGAGUCCAAAUCUGCAUGGGUCUCCUUCAUCCCUUUCAGGUCCUUCUGCUAGAUGAGGUUACAGUUGAUCUAGAUGUUGUUGCUAGGGUGGAUUUGCUCGACUUCUUUAAGGAAGAAUGUGAGCAGAGAGGAGCUACAAUUGUUUAUGCAACCCAUAUUUUUGAUGGGCUGGAGACAUGGGCAACAGAUCUGGCAUACAUUCAAGAUGGUGAAUUAAGAAAGGUUGAGAAGCUGUCCGAGAUCAAUGAGUUGAAGAACUCUGCCAACUUGCUUUCAGUGGUCGAGUCCUGGCUCCGUUCUGAAACAAAGCUUGAGAAAAAGAAACCCGCAAAUCCUUCAACCCAAAUGCGGAACCCUUCGCCCUUUGAUUCUUCUCCAUUUAGGUCAUCCAGGCACAUGGCAUACUAUCGUUGAUCUGUCUCGAUUCAUUUAUAAAGCUGAAAUAUCUGAUUCAUAUCCUACCAUACAAUAAAAGAAAUAAAGGGUGGCGGUGUUCGACUGGUCAGCCAUUAUUGCUUUGCCCUUAUGGUACUCUUUAUCAGAACGUUGGAGUUCUAAAUUCUCUUUCCAACACACUGUAGAAUUUAGGGUAGCAACUAUUAUUUACUUCUGACAUUACUUCGUUUCAUUUUGAGACCUUACAAACAUGCCUGAAGUGUGUUUUGUUGUGAUAUGACAACAUCAGAAAGUGUAUUGUAAUAGCUUCAUUUUCAUAUCUUAUUUUGACAAUGUAUUGAACUUGGAAUGCUUCAUUUUCCCUCUUGAGUUUGGUGAAGUAAUUUGCAUAAUAUGAGGGAGUAUAUUGUGCCGGUAGCA